GUGCCCUGCACUAGAAAGUCACUCCAGCCUGAAUUAUUGCAAUUUCUCCAACCUGAGGAAAACUUCGCCGUCCGCCCAGUGCUUUGCAAAGCGCUACAGUCCCCUUACAAUAAAACCACCCACCUCUUCCAGUGUAUUCUAACCUGCUUUGCUUUAUCAUGCAUAACAGCCUUGUUACCCAUUCGCUCCUCUCUCUUCUCUGCAUCGGAUUGAGUGCCCAGUCUGAGCUGCAGACAGAUGAAGUGAUUCCCAGGCUGCUGUCGGGGCAGGAGGCGCACCUGUCCUCCGACCACACUGUCCGCACACUGCGGCGCCGCUCCCUUGACGCCCUGGGGGGAGGACACUCUGAGCCGAGUAACAUGAUUCUGUCACUGCCCGCUUUCGGAAGGAGCCUGUAUCUAAAUCUGACGCAGGACAGCACGUUUCUCUCGGAGGACUUCGUGAUCGAGGAGAGACACGGGGACCAGAGAGCAGCAGUGAGCCGCUUAUCCAUGAACCAGCUCUGCUUUUACUCCGGAUCCAUCAUCAACCAAACAGAUUCUCUGGCAUCAAUGAGCACCUGUGGCGGCCUGACUGGGCUCAUCCAGAUCGGAGAGGAUCGCCUUUUCAUUCAGCCGGUGGGCUUAAAUGGCCCCUCACAGUCGUUCUCCGGACUAAAACACCAGCUGCUGCGACACCGACGCUUUACCAAGACCAGUUCUGCUCCAGAUACUGACAAGACUAACUUCUGUGGGACUGUACAAGGGAAGAAGAAUGAAAAGAUGUCUAAAGUGGGUGAGGAGGGUCGCUGGAAGAGAAACGCUAUUCGGCUGCAUGAAGCCUACACUGUGGAGACGGUGGUGGUGGCAGACUCCGACAUGGUGCAGUACCACGGUGCCGAGGCGGCACAGAGGUUCUUGCUGACAGUCAUGAACAUGGUGUACAACAUGUUCCACGACCAGAGUCUGGGAGUCAGGAUCAACAUUCGUGUCACCAAGCUGGUGUUGCUUCACAGCCGCCCAAUGAAGCUAAAGGUGGGUCAUCAUGGAGAAAGGGCUCUGGAGAGCUUCUGUCAUUGGCAGUAUCAAGAGUUUGGGGGGCCGCGGUACCUUGGCAACAACCAUGUUCCUGGUGGAAGGGAUGACAUCCCACCAGUGGACACUGCUGUGCUGGUCACCAGGACAGAUUUCUGUGUUCAUAAAGACGAGCCUUGUGAUACUGUGGGUAUUGCUUAUCUCGGGGGUGUCUGCAGUACCAAGAGGAAGUGUGUGUUAGCAGAGGACAAUGGACUCAAUUUGGCCUUCACCAUUGCUCACGAGCUGGGACACAAGUCGGACACAGCCGGAGCAGGCUGCUGCUCCGGUGGAGAUUCCCUCGGCGGAGUGACUCCCGCCGCAGCAGCCGCCACCCCUCCAGGACCAGACAGAGCUGGGUCCCCGCGCCUCGGACAGGCUCUUGCGGUGUAUCCCUCAUCCCCGCAACCAAAAAAUGUCAUACCCGAUGAGGUGGCAACAAUCGCAAGUCAUUUUGCAAUACAAAGGCAAAUUAUCAGCAUUUGGUUUUACUCUUGUUCUUCACUGAUUUUUUGGGAUCAGAAAAUUGGCUGUGACGGCAUCAUCGGCUCUUCAGCCAAAUCAGACCGCUGUGGUGUUUGUAAUGGAGAUGGGUGCUCCUGUAGGAUAGUGAGAGGAGACUUCAACCACACCAAAGGAAUGGGCUACAUCGAAGCUGUAGUUAUCCCUGCAGGAGCCAGGAGGAUCAAAGUUGUGGAGGACAAACCCUCACAUAGCUUUCUGGCUCUGAAAGAUUCUGGUAAGAGUUCCAUCAACAGCGACUGGAAGAUUGAACUUCCAGGAGAGUUUGAGCUGGCCGGGACGACUGUGCGUUAUGUUAGAAGGGGACUUUGGGAGAAGAUGUCUGCCAAGGGACCCACGAAGACCCCUUUACACCUGAUGGUGCUGCUCUUUCAUGACCAGAGCUAUGGGAUCCACUAUGAGUACACGAUGUCUCUGAACACCACUCAGGACAGGAGCAGUGAGGAGCACAGGGAACCAGAGUAUCUGUACAUCUGGACACACAGCAGCUGGCAGGACUGCACUGUGCAAUGUGGAGGAGGUGAGAGGAGGACAGUGGUUUCCUGUAUGAGGAUAGCCAAUAAAACCAUGGAGGUGGUCAACGACAGCUACUGUCAACCUGAGAGCCGACCACACCAUCAAGUACGACUCUGCAACUCUCACCCCUGCCAGUACCGGUGGGUGACAGGAGAGUGGGGAUCCUGCUCAGUCACAUCUGGUAAAGGUCUUCAGCAGAGAGAGGUAGUUUGUGUUUACCAUCUCCAGAAUGGCUCCCUCAUCUACACCAGGGACCUAUUCUGCCAAGGAGGAAAACCUCCUAUUCUGCAGGGCUGUGAGGGCCGUCUUUGCCUCACUGUGUGGGAGGCUUCAGAGUGGUCCAAGUGUUCAUCAGACUGUGGUCAAGGUGUUCACAAGCGGACGGUGUCGUGUACAAACCCUCAGGGUCUGUGUGAUCCUCUGUCCCAGCCCACUCAAGAGGAGCCCUGUGAGGAUUACUCCAAAUGUUAUGAAUGGAAGACAGGAGACUGGUCCAAGUGCUCGUCAUCCUGCGGGAAGGGCCUGCAGUCGCGAGUGGUCCAGUGUAUGCACAAAGUUACUGGUCGUCACGGUAACGAUUGCCCAGUGAUGCUGAGACUGCCAACCUACCGACCCUGUCACCAUGGUACCUGCAAUGAAAAAGUCAAUGUGAACACCAUCACCUCCCCCAGGCUAGCUGCUCUGACCUACAAAUGCAUGGGGGACCAGUGGACCGUGUACUGUCGUGUGAUCCGAGAGAAGAACCUCUGUCAGGACAUGAGGUGGUACCAGCGCUGCUGCGAAACCUGUAGGGACUUCUAUGCAAAGAAAAUACUGCACAAGAGCUAAUGACCAAAUGCACCUACUUUUCCUCCACAUAAUGCUCCUUUUGUAAAUGUGUUUAAUAUUGGUAAGUGGUAAGAAAACAAUUUCUAUUAAUGAUGGAACUUUUUGGAAUGGCAUGUACAUGUACAUUUUAUAUGGGCCCAUAAGCUUCUAUAUUUGAUGAGACUUGAAAAUGUCCAGUUUUUCUUUUGCUAUACACCAAACAAAAACAACAGUGAGGAGCUUUUAAGAUGACAAUCCAGACGGCAUAAUUGCACAGAAUGAUUGAAAAUAAGUGCUGGAUUUUGAAUAGACUGUGACAGGUCUUUCUGAUAACAUGGAUUUAUGAGUUAGCCAGAGCUUCCCCCUCAUUACUUUUUUAAUCAUGCUGUUGUACUGUAUUAUAACUAAUUGUUGCGAUGAUUGCAAUGAAAUGAUUAUACUUGAGUAUUAAUUAAGUAUACUGUAAUGUUUAAGUAUUGAUCAGGAACCAUGGUAAAAUACUGUAGGAUUAUUACAUCAUUUCUAAUGACAGGAGACCCACUGAUCCAGGUCUGUUCGAGGGCCGUGGAUAGCUCAUGUAGCAGAACAUGGUGCAAGCAUUAACAUACACUCUAUAAUGUUUUCUUUCAGAUGCAGUCGGGUUUAACAUUUUCUUGCCAACUAUAUUAUUGUCUAUUCUAAGAUGUAUUUAAAUUCACCCCUUAGAUCAACUGUGCACCUCAGUGCAAAAUCUUGUUUUACAUUUGAGUUGUUAGACCUGUGAGUGGGCUCAGUAUUCACUGCUCGUCAUCACCCGUGGACGUGGUAGAGCUUGCUGUGUCGCCCCAAACCAUUAGCAGGACCAACCACAACUGUUACACAUUUCCAUUUCAUUUAAAGAAUGGGCCUCAAAGUCCAGAGGGGGGUGGUAAUGCAACUGAAGCUCAUUGGUAACUGACAAGAACAGCAGAAGAAGAACUUCUGCACUUUAGUUACAACACUAACAGUUAAGCUAGCUAACAACUAUCCAUAAACUAACAAACACAUGGAUGAAAUGUAUUUAUGAACUACAAGCAGCCUUCAUUGACUCCACUCACCCAUACAGAUGCCGGUCAUGAUCUACAUUUUCUCCCACAGUAUACCUGCAGUAUAACAGUUUUAGCACAUACCACAUGGGAUAUAGACAGUCACAUUCCCUUUAUUAAAGGUCAAUGUGAUUAUUAUGAAAAUAUUGUUUGUCAUUGAUUUCAAAGUACAAUUAACAAUUAAUAUGCACUGUGUACAGGCAGAUUUAAUAUGCCUGUACAUGUGUCCUAUAGAGCCAAAGCUGAUCAACACGGUGAUGCACAUAAUACAUCUAUGUAAUAACCACUAUAUACAAUGUCAUGCUUUUGAAAUAUUUCAAGAAUAAAGCAAUGGUAUUGCUAUCAUUGGCUUGAUCUUGUCAACCCUUUUCACAUAGUCAUAGAACUCACAGGCAUCUGUGUGUGUUAAAGGUUUCAGUUUCUUCCAGGGGGUUGAAUGGUGCUAUCUUAUGACCCGUUUCACUAUUGUGGAAUUCAGCUUAUUGUCAGUGAUGGUCUUAUUGUCAAUGUUAACAGUUAUCUGUUUUAGUAUGUUGUAAGAUUAUUUAAUGACAUUGCCUUUUAUUGUCUGUUGAGUAUUUUCUUGUCUUUAUUCUGGCCGAUGUAGUGCAAAUAUUAAUUAUUUCUGUACUGUACUUUCUUUUGUUGCACAUACAGUAAGCUUAGUAUGGACUGCCACGACAUGUAUUUUAAGGUGCCGGUCCCGGAUAAGUGGAUGAAAUUGGAUGGAUGAUUUGGAACAGAGUUAAUCAUUUGUUUUACAGGGAUUUCACCAUUUGUCUGCUGUCUGUGUAGUCCCACUAUAUUUGUACUGUCAUUCACUUUGUUUCCAAUAUUCAUCACACUAUACUGAGCAAGAGCCUGAAUGGUAGGAUCAAAUUGUAGUGUCAAUUCAAGUCUACUGUAAACUGAUUCUCUUAUAUUUUGUUACAUAAUAUAUGAUGUGAUUUUAAAUGUAAAAAACAAACCUGUAUGACACACUAUUAAGAUGUGGAUUUACCAUUAAACUACAAUACAGACUG